AUGAUUAUCCGCUUCAAAAACGGUCCUCGGGCUUUCAUUCGUCCUCCAAACGCUAUCCCCACCCUUCAAUCCUCUUUGCGACCACCACCAUAUACCACCACAUCUUCCAUUAUUGGAAACAAACCCAGAACCAAGCUAGCUGCCAGGGCGACUCGUGCUGCUCGACUAGAGCACAAGGAAGUGAACAAGGCCUCUGGCAGUAGGCGCCUUGUCCUCGAUCAAGCCAACUUCAAGGGUUCUCGUGGUCGAGAGAAACUAUUUCUCGACUUCCAGGCAUCUACAAACAGACAUGCCGACAUCAUCAUCGGUUGCGACGUUUCCACGCGGGCCGCGUGGAAGAGUACAGGGCAAUACCAUCUCGAGAUGCAGGCUGAUCGCGCACUUGUUGAAAGCGACAACCCAGACGACCCAAAUCGACACCUCAAGAAGGGUCGAGGGAAAGGCCGGAAGCCCAAGUCUUCAAAUCCUGCCGAUGACGAAUCUCAAGGCUCUCCUGUCAAAAUGGCUCGAGUAUUUUUCCUUGUUCACAAAUCCAUCGCAAGAGAAUCUUGGAAUGUUGAGUGGCAUGAGGGCAAGAAUGCUGGCAUGGUUGCAACUCUACAUCUUGCUCUUGGAGAUAAUGGAGGAGAUCUCGCCAUACAUGCUGUCUACAACCCCAACCAGCCGGAUAAGGCCAUGACGAUCGAACACAUUGAAGAACUGCUCGCAACAACCACGCGAUCUGGACGUGAUAUUGUGAGGGGCGACUUCAACCUUCACCACCCGUCCUGGUCUGCCUCACUUUACCGAGGCGAUCCCGCAGCUGUCUCAGGUACAUCAAGAACGCUUCAUGAAGGUAUGCAGGCCACUGGUAUGGAUUUGGCCACAGACCCUGGUACCGAGACAUUCUUUGCGAAGAAUAAAAACAACGUCACUCGCUCAUGCAUCUACCUCACCUUUGUCAGCUCUUCACUGAAGAGUUCCGUCAAGUCAUGCUCGGUUUUCCCACCCAAGCCUACUGAAGACGGUGCCACGGCAAGCCCACGCAGCCUGUACAAUCCUUGGCCUAACACCGACCAUCAUCCGAUACGAACCAUCCUCGAUCUGCAAGUGGAACGCGACGAUACACUCAAAUUCCAUUACGAGGAUACGGACAAGCAGGAGUUCAACGCGAUCUUGGAAAAAGAACUCAACGUUGAAGAAUUGAAGAAGCUGAAGCUCACUCCAGCGGUUAUUGAGGAACAGCUCAAGCAUGUUACGGCAACAAUAAUGCAUGCCAUCAACACGACUGUCCCAACGAGUUUGGCGUUCCCACCACCAAUUGACAAACCAAUGUCUCUCCCCGAACGGCAGGUUAUCGAUGGUAAUGGUGUUGCUCCCGCUCCGGCUCACACCAUCCCAAACUCUGUCGCACAACAACAGUAUCGCGAAGCAUUGAAACGUGACAGGGACAAGGAGAAAACCUUCAUUGAUAAGGUUGCGCAGUCUCCAAACGGGACUUGGCAGGCAGUCAAAAUUGGCAAAGUGCGAUCGCAGCCACGAAUCAUCAAGAACAUGCCCGCACUUUUCGAUUCGCACGGCGACAAGCACUCUACUCCCGAGGCCAAGAUCGCUCUGAUGGCCAAGUCAAUAUGGGCCAAUAAUGACAAGCCAGAAGUCGUUCCUUUGCCAGAUUUACCACCCGAUCGCAAGGUCCUUAAAAUGGAUAAGUCGUUGGGGGACACGGAGAUCAAGAAGAUCAUCAGCGGCCUGAAUAAGAAGAAGACCCCCGGUGUCGAUCUUAUCCCUGCUGAUGCUCUCAAGCUAGGUCGAGAGAUAAUUGCAGCUUAUCUGACCAUCAUCUUCCAGGUCGUAGGUACAACUCAUUGCCCUCACCAUUACGAGAACCCUCCAGUCGACUUUCAUCUUCGCAUCCGCGAGAGGAGUAGGUUCUCUGCCGCUGCCGCCGCUAUCAGAUUCAUUAGACUACUACCGCAUCAUCAACGCAAGCAGCUCCGUACGAUUAAUCUGCACGAAGACCUCCCCGCAGUCAAUAUAGUGUCGCUUCAUGGCCAUGGGCUGGUUCCUCUGCUGAGGGAGUACACCAACUUGAAUGUACAGCGUCGCGUUAGCAUCGUCGACUGUAUGAUGGAUCUCUAUCCACCCAUCAGGCUUGUUCAAAACGGUCUUCUCCGAGGGCUGCCCUCGAAAUAUGUUGGCGAGAGAUUUGUGUCGAACCUCUCAUAUUGGCUACUUGAUGCUCUUUCAGUGGCUAAUGCUGGCAUUCGUUCCAACUCUUUCUCCUUGCAACUGGAUUCGGGUCCAUAUGCAGAUUUCUGUACGAAGGCUUUUGACCAGCUGGUCCAUGGUAGCAUUGCUCGCGUUCAAGCUUGGGAGUACAGUCUCAAAGCAGGUCUAGUAAGACAUGAAUCGAAUGAAGCAGUUCGAUGUUUGAUACGCAAGUUUGCGUACGCUUCAGAACUUGGUUUCGAGGAAGCCGUUAUGCAGCUGGUCAAUCAGUCUUCAAACGUCUUGCGGUGCGACUUCAAUCCAGGUCUACCUCACGACCGUCAAAAUACAUUGGACAAAGUUAGUGAUAGGUGUAUCGAGAUGGGGCAUGGUGUAUGGGAGUACUGGUUCCUCUCACGCGACCUGGGUCUUGUCAAGCUACCCGAUUGUCUUAGUGAGGCUGAUCGUGUGGCUCGAAUUUAUGACAUCCAGUCAGGGGAUCAAUAUCUCGAGUCACAGGGGCGUAUCCUCUCUCCUGUGCGGUCGGUCGACGAUACCCUUCAGCAGAUGAAAGACAAGGAUUACCCACUGCAGCCGUGGCCUAUGUAA